AUGCCAGAAUUGAGAAGUGGAGCCCGGAGAUCAAAGCGCCUUGAUGAUCUGCAGCCUCCCCAACAACCGAACAACCAAGCAGAGAAUUUGACAGUGCCUGUUCAAAACAAGACCAGGAGGAGAGGUGGUGGUGGUAGAGGAAGGGGUGGGAAUGCUGCAGGUGUAGCAAAAGGGGCUUCGCCAGCAACGAGGCCAACUGCUGCCGGUAGAGGCCGGGGUGUUAGGUUGAUAGAUUUAGACCCAGAGCCUUGUCAGGUUGAACCUGCGGCUGUAGGAGCUGCUGAACUAGGUUAUAAUAGAUUAGAGGUGGUGGCAGAUAAAGAUAUUGCGAUGGAGGGUGGAAGUGCAGAGAAGGUAGUGGGAGUCGAAGAAGAAGGAAGCACAACUCCAGUUCCUGAGAGGGUACAAGUGGGCAAUUCUCCUGUGUACAAAAUAGAAAGGAAGUUGGGUAAGGGUGGUUUUGGCCAAGUUUAUGUUGGCAGAAGGGUUAGUGGGGGCAGUGAUAGAACUGGACCGGAUGCAAUUGAGGUGGCACUGAAGUUUGAGCACAGGAAUAGUAAAGGUUGCAAUUAUGGCCCUCCUUAUGAGUGGCAAGUGUACAACACCUUAAAUGGAUGUUAUGGAAUUCCGUGGGUGCAUUACAAGGGUCGCCAAGGAGACUUCUAUAUUCUGGUAAUGGACAUGCUUGGACCUAGUCUUUGGGAUGUUUGGAAUUCCCUAGGCCAAUCGAUGUCACCAAAUAUGGCAGCCUGCAUUGCCGUGGAGGCUAUAUCAAUUCUCGAAAAGCUUCAUAUGAAGGGGUUUGUGCAUGGAGAUGUCAAACCCGAAAACUUUUUACUUGGUCAACCUGGAACAGCUGAUGAGAAGAAGCUAUAUCUUAUCGAUCUUGGUUUAGCAUCUAGAUGGAAGGAUGCAUCCUCUGGUCAGCAUGUUGAUUAUGAUCAGAGGCCUGACGUAUUCAGGGGAACGAUAAGGUAUGCCAGUGUACAUGCACAUCUAGGUCGAACUGGAAGUCGGAGGGAUGAUCUUGAGUCAUUAGCAUACACAUUAAUAUUUCUUAUAAAAGGAAGGUUGCCAUGGCAGGGUUAUCAGGGAGACAACAAGAGCUUUCUUGUUUGUAAGAAAAAGAUGGGUACAUCUCCAGAACUGAUGUGUUGUUUUUGUCCUGCCCCAUUCAAACAAUUCCUUGAAGCUGUUACUAAUAUGAAGUUUGAUGAGGAGCCCAAUUAUUCCAAGCUGAUAUCUUUUUUUGAAAAUCUUAUUGAACCAUGCACGCCACUAAGGCCAAUUAGAAUUGACGGAGCUCUUAAGGUUGGGCAAAAGCGUGGAAGAUUGCUUAUAAACCUGGAAGAGGAUGAGCAACCAAAAAGAAAGUAA